CACUCUCUUUUGCAGAGGCGCAGGACGAACCAGGCCCUGAUCUCGAUGGGCGGGGACUACCAGUCGGCAGCGUACACUUACGAGAACAUCGACACCCUCAUUCGGUACAUCAACGCAAAGCACCAGCAUCUUCCCAAGGUUCACGCCUUCUACUCGACGCCAUCGUGCUACCUCCGCUCGCUGCUGGAGACCAACGAGGCGUGGACGGAAAUGGACGAGGACUUAUUUCCCUACACCGACGGCAUACCCGGAAGCGGGCCCGUCCACUCCCCGCAUCAGACGGCCUACUGGACGGGCUACUUCAGCACCGAGCCCCACUUCAAGCGCACCGUGCGGAGAGCCAACGGCGUGCUGCAGGCCUGCAAGCAGCUCUCCGUCCUGGGCUUCGUGCACAGCAAGGACAUCCGGGUGUUCCAGGAAAACGUGGCCCUUGCCCAGAACAACGAAGUGAUAGCGGGAUGCGAGAGGCCCGAAGUGCUGCUGCAGCACGAGGCGCUACUGAACAACGGAAUCGCUCGUUGCCAACGCGUGAUGGACGAGGCCCUUCGAGCCGUCGUGUGGGAAGGGAACUCGGUGAGUCAGCUCCGGUUCUCCCACUGCCUCGAGGCCGAGGACGACUGCAAGCCGGUGGACGCCGACGAGGCGUGGCUGCUGGUGUACAACCCCCUCGCCUACGCCUACACCACCCACAUACGGUUGCCGGCCAAGGAGGGAUACUCAUACCUGGUUGACGGACAGAAUGCUCAGAUCUUGUCGGCAGAGGACAAGGUGGACGAAGUGGUCUUCUCGUCCCGGCUCGUGCCCCUCGGUGUGACGACGCACUACGUGCAGAGGUCGAGAGACUCUCGAGGCACGGCCAAGAUACCGGAGGUGUCCAAAGUCGAGAAACCCAGCAAGAUGACCGUCAUCAGGAACAAGCGCUACCGCCUGUUGGUGGACUCGACCACGGGCUACGUGCGUGGCAUCAUGGUCAAGGGUGGACUGCAGGUGACGCUGCGACACCUGUUCCUCUCCUACCACGCGUACCAGGGAAGCAGCCGCAAGCCGUCCGACAGUCGCGUGCUCAACCCCGUCAACGAUGACCCGUUCGACUUGGGGAACAACGUCACGUACCACAUCACGCGAGGGCCAGAGGUGCAAGAGUUGCACCAGCGCUACACUCCGUGGCUGAGCCUUGUAGUGCGCCUCUUCGAGAACGAGGACACGAUCGAGUUCGAGUGGUCGCUGGGGCCGGUGCCCCUGAGCGACCACAAGGGCAAGGAGAUCGUGUGCAGGUUCGCCAGCAGCGUGCAGAGCGGCGAGCUCUUCUACACCGACACCAACGGACGACGCAGCAUCGAGAGGAAGAGGCUUGAAGGCAGUCCUGUGGCCUCCAACUUCUACCCGGCAACUUCGUGGGCAUUUGUAGCGAGCGAGGCCCAGGGUGUCCAACUGACCGUGUUCCCGGACAGACCACAAGGUGCAGCCAGCCUUGCAUCCGGCAAUCUCGAGUUCCUCAUUCAACGUCGACUGCUCGGAGACCGCGGAGUGCCCGUCAGAGGACGCCACUGGCUACACAUCGGCACGAUCGCAGAUUCACAGGAGUACUUGCGCAUCUUCGCCAAUCGCCUGGUGUACAGCCCUCAACUCUCUUUAGUGGACGCUCGCCAGCCUUACUUCACCAACCUCACCCAGAGAGAGUGGAGCGGGUUGCGCUCGGGGCUCCCCAAGCACGUUCACGUGCUCACGUUGGAGCGCGUGCCCGGUGAGAAGCUGCUGGUGCGACUCGAGUACCAAGCGCCCGAGAUGCCACAAUACGUCAACACGACACAGCUGCAUAUAUCGCGCCUGCUGAAGAACCAGGAUAUCUACCACAUCCUGGAGACCUCGCUGGGAUCGACGCAGGACAAGACGGAAAUGGUGCGCUUCGUGUGGCGUCGUCGGAGCGGGCAGCUACCAGCCGUCAGCCAGGAACAGCGCAUGCGUGUCUGGCUCAAACGCGGCUACCGUCCGCGCUUCGAGGACACCGUCGUUCUGCACCCCGGAGAGAUUCGAACCUUCGUGGGGAGAACCGAGAAAGUCCGACCACUGCCCGACAGUUAAAGCAAAUAAAAGCAAAUAACAAAAUG